AUGACGAGAUUAACAGCGCCAAAGAGAGAAACAAGAAACGAGUCUGUGAUACCGACAUCUGUAGUGACAACUAACCGCACCAAAACCAGAUUAAAUGUGAUUCUGUUGACGCAUAUGAGCUCUGGAUCGACAAUUGUGGGAAAUAUGUUUAAUCUUCAUCCCGAUGUGUUUUAUAUCUAUGAACCUCUGAACACUCUUAGAAGAGACAUUGAUACGAAUGAGUGGCGUGCCCUACAAAAGUCGAGCAACGAUGCCUACAGACAAGACUUUUCGACUCUGCUUCGUGACUUGUUCACUUGUGGUUUUGACGAAGAAAGAACGAUCGAGUUAGCUUUCCCUAAAUUGACAAGAGAAUUGAACUCAUGGUAUUCAUCGACACCGCUGAACAAAGAAUCACUGAAAAAAGCUUGUAACGCGCGAAAAAUCACAGUCACUAAGAUCAUGCAAACAAGACUUCCCAGAGAAGGUGGAAUUCGUGAACUCGAGCAGGUGUGCCGCUCAGAUCCUAGUAAGUUUGACUGUUUCAUUAUUCACCUGGUCAGGGAUCCACGCGCUGUCCUUUCUUCUCUAAUUCCGCGACGUUUCUUCAUGGAGGGGCCAGUCGCCAAUCUGUUUACACAGACGCCAAUGUCUCCCGAAGGAAUAAAACUUCUGAAGGAAAAUGCGCAAAUGCUAUGCACGCUCGUGUUAGAAAACUUAGAUCACGUUCAUGCAGAAUGGUCAAAUUGGUUCAAAAGGCGCUACAUUCUGGUCCGUUACGAAGACAUUAUCAGCAACAUUCCAAAAGAAGUGUUCGAUAUAUACAAAUACUUUGGUCUUCCUAUGGUGGAUAUCAUUACCAAUUGGAUUAAGGGCAUUCCGCCUCCAGGCCGGGAUACAUCGCGAUACUUGGCGCUGGUUAUAUCGAAAACUGAUACCGCUUCAAUCGAGAAAUGGAGAUUUCGCCAAAAGCCUUCGCUGAUUUCUUCGUUUGAAGAGGCUUGUAGCCCACUGAUGAAAACUGUAGGCUACAUUUCAGUAAAUGGCUCCGAAAAUCUUCAACACGACAAGAGCAAGCCGCUACGAACUGCAAAAAUACCAUUCCUUACAGGCCUCCGCGUGCAAGAACCAGCCUGA